CCCUGAGGGUUAUAAGAGUAAGAGAGAGAAGAGGACCAUACAUGUUCCUGUGUGCACCGCUUCAGCUGGUCAGCAGCUCAGUUCUCCUCCAGAUCUAACUGUUGAAUCUCUGUCUGAAACUACACAUUGGUUUGGAUUCAUCUGCAGGUUUGAAGCCAUCUCCUCAUCAUGUCAGACUGCAGCAGAACUGUGGACGAUGUGAGGACCUUCCUCCAGUCCUCCAAAGGCUUUGAUCCACAGCAGAUGAUGAGGUUCUAUGACAGCUGGGCAGAGACAUAUGAACAGGAUCACAACCUGAUGAGCUACAGAGCACCACACCUAGCAGUAGACUUCCUGUCUAAAAACUUCUCUGGGAGUCCUGCAGAAGCUCAGGUUUUGGACGUUACCUGUGGGUCUGGAUGGGUCGCUAAACUGAUGGUUAAACUGGGCUUCAGGCACUUUGUUGGAGUGGACGGCAGUAAAGGCAUGCUGGAACAAGCUGCAAAGACUGGCCUCUAUCAGGACCUCAAACUGGCCCUACUGGGACCAGAACCACUGCCUGCACCGACUGGUGUGUUUGAUGUUGUUAUCAUUGUCGGUGGUUUACGCGCUGAAUUUGCGCCGGUCAGCGUUGUCAGGGAGCUCUGCCAAGCUGCCAAACUGGGAGGUUACAUCUGCAUGUCGAGAGUGGACCCAAAGUCAGAGUCUGGAAACAACUACAAGGUGUCUUUGGAGAAAGAGCUGCAGCUGAUGGAGGAGGAGGGACUGUGGACUCAUGUGGACACCAAAGAGAUGGACAAAUACAUGAUGACUGUUCAUAAUAAUCACAAUAAUAAUAAUAAGAAUGAACAAUACUUUGAUGGGACCAUGUACCUCUACAGGAAGUCACUUAAUUAGUCCCUCUACACCUGAAUACAUUCCUUCAUUGUCCAAUCUGUGUUUUUUAAGCCAGUGGCGACCCCAGAAUUUUUUCAUAGGGGUGGCCAGACAAUGGCAAGUGAUUAUUAUUACCAUGUUAUGCCAUUGUUUUUGUUUAUCUACCCAAUGCUAAUAUUAAAAGUCAUACUGUCAUAAAUAAACAAGU